AUGCAAGUGCCGGUUCUCGGCUGCACUUUCCUCACGCUGUCAGAUCGUGAGGAAAGUACUGCCGAGAACCGGCAGUUGUCAGAGCGGGGAUCAGCACCGAUCAUCAGGGCACUGAUGAACAGUGCCCUGAUGAUCGAUGCCCAGCAGUGACACCCGCAAGUUCCGCCCAGCAGUGCGCCCACUAGCUCCGCCCACCCGUGCCCAGCAGUGCACCCACCUGUGCCCAGCAGUGCACCCACCUGUGCCCAGCAGUGCACCCACCUGUGCCACUCUGCAGUGCCACCUACCUGUGCCCAGCAGUGCCACCCACCUGUGCCCACCAGUGCCACCCACCUGUGCCCAC